AUGCCCUUCCCAAGCCUACGCUCGCGGCCCGGAACAGGGGAAAGCAGCAAGCAUCACCGACAUACUAUCUUUGAGGCCCAUUCGCCCAAGAAGUCAGAGAAGGAUGCCGCGAAAGACCGCAUGAGUGUGCACAUCCCCAAGUUCGGCUCCGGUGACUUUGGCCCACCGCUCAUCCAGAGAGAAGAACCUACUCCCUCUCCACGAAGGUCGGACGAAGGUAGCGGGCAAGAGGAUGAGGACGAUGUAAGCAAAAGAGUGUCUUCGCAAGAAGAUCAUGCUACAGCGGACCAUCUCGAACCUCCUACCAACUCUCCGGCCGCAAUACCAGAAUCCGAUGAAACUGCUCCUCCACGGCCACAACGCUUCUCUCUUCUCAGAUUCAAGAACGCUUCUGACCCGCAGCUGUCGUUCCGCUUCAAGAAGGCCUCCACGCCUCCUGAAGAGCGCGAGCCCCUCCCACCUGCUCCCGCUAUCAUCACAACGUCCCCAACCGUCAACGAUGCUACAGCGGAGCCCUCGAAGAAGUCGGCACAGAAGCUAUUCUCUGGUAGAAGUCCUAGCCCGUUCCGAAGGAAAGGCACGGUCCGACACAGCAAUCUCGGCCGUUCUACGACGCCAGACGGUCAUAUUACAGUCGCUGCGUCCACUCCAGACUUGCACAACGAAAAAGCGUCGAAAUUGGAGCAGAUGCAUUCCCUCGACGGCGUGCCUGGACCACCUGCCUAUGGUGACGAGUCGAGUUCGCAGCUCGCCAUUCCCAUAGAACGCUUAUCAGACUCCUCGAGAUCGGAUGCGAGUUCAGGCGAAAAAGUCUAUGCGAGGACUACAACGACUCAUGUCAUAACUUCAACCACCACAUUCUUCAAGCUGGGACGACGGAAGAAGAACAAGGGCCCCUUGUUUCCACUGCCUGAGAAACUGCAACCUUCAACUUCGGAAAGAGCUAGUUUCUCAACGACCGGCUUUGAAGGGGGGAGAAGAUCCAUGUCACCUAGUCGCAAAUCAACCUCCGCAGUGCGGUUUGAGCCUGGCACGAGUGGCGGAGACUCCGGCGCGGCUUCACCCACCAAUUCAACCGUAGCCUUGACAAAUGCUCCGUUUGGCUCUCCAGGUCCGUCUGUACUACGCAAGGAAUCUACUCAUUCCGGACAAUCCACGCCACCUGCUGCUGCGCUGAUUCCACCUCGACUAGGCGCACGUGGUCGGUCUUCUACCAUGAGCUCGCUAGGUCGAUCCGCAGAAAGAGUCGGUCAGGAUCAACCCGGCUCUACGCGUACGUCGACCUCUACCACUGGCAGACGAAGCUUUGGCGAUCUGCUCUCUUUACCACACCGCCUGAGACAGAACUCCGUUCCACCCCCGCGCCACGGCUCUAGCAAUAGUCCCGGCACACCUGGCUCCAAGUCGAACUCGUUGCAGAUACCACGUGAAGAGGUUCCCGAGCUGGUGUACCCUAAGCGAGACGAAUCUGAUACUCCUGCAUCGUACCUGGAGAAGCUUGAAGCUGCGGUGCAGCGGGGUUCGAUGGCCACCAUUCUAUGCAAGAGUGCAGACGAGUUCUCCAGGACGUGCUUGCGCAAAUACAUGCGGGGAUUUUCCUAUUUUGGCGAGUCCAUCGAUAUGGCUAUUCGCAAGAUGCUGAUGGAGGUCGAACUGCCCAAAGAAACGCAGCAGAUCGAUCGUCUUCUUGCUGGAUUUGCAGAUCGCUACUAUGAGUGCAAUCCGGGCAUCUUUUCUUCCACCGAUGAGACGACAUUCGUGGCCUUCUCCAUCUUAUUGUUACAUUCAGAUACACACAACAAGAACAAUAAGCGGAAGAUGACCAAGCACGACUAUUUCAAAAACACCCAACAAGGUUCAGUAACCGUGUCGAGCGAUAUCCUAGACUGCUUCUACGAUAACAUCUGCUAUACGCCAUUCAUCCAUUUCGAUGAUGAGGUGGCCAUAAAUAGCCACCGCUUACACGCUCCUAGGCCGAAGAAGAGUCUCAUCCGAGUGAAGAGCUCCGAGAAGCUGCGUGGCCCCGUUGAUCCUUAUCUCCUCAUCCUAGACAACAAGCUUGAAGUACUGCGCCCGUCGCUCAAGGAUGUCAUGGAUACAGAGGACACGUAUAGAUCAACCGGCACAGCUGCUUCUUUCGACAUCUUCGAGUUACACCGCGCCUUCUUGAAAUCUUCUGUCCUGCAGAUCGUCUCUGCUCGCUCCCGGCCGGAUGCAUUCAUGUCCCAAGCCACGAUAUUCAACCCUUCCGAGGCACAAGCAGGUUUAGUCAGCAUUAAGGUCGCCAAAGUCGGUCUCUUAUGGCGAAAGAGUCCAAAGAAGAAGAAGACUUCCAGUCCGUGGCAGGAGUGGGGCGCGAUCUUAACGGACUCCAAGCUCUACUUCUUCAAGGAUAUCGGCUGGGUCAAGAAGCUCAUUUCGCAGCAUGAGAACCAUUCAAAAGCGAAUACCAAAUCUGCCCCGCUCAUCUUCAAGCCUGCACUUACCGAGUUCCAACCUGAUGCUCUCAUAUCGAUGGACGAUGCAGUGGCAUUAUAUGACUCCAAUUACAAGCGUCAUAAGAAUGCGUUGGUUUUGCUGAAACACGGCAACAUUGAAGAAGUGUUUCUAGCGAACUCCGAGACAGACCGAAAUGAUUUCAUCCAGAAAAUCAAUUAUGCUGCUACAUUCAGAUCCGCUGGCGUCCGCAUGCGUGGGCCAUUGGGCACAACUUACGAGGGCCGACAGCUCUUCAGGAAGGAUUCGGAGAUAUCAACCGCCAGCGCAGACACAGCCAAGCACAACGGUCCUUUGUCGCCUUCCAUGGAUCCUCAAGCUGCGUGGGAGAUUAUGUUUUAUCGUCGUCAGCUCAUCAGCGAAAAGAUCAGCGACUACGAUGAAAAGAUUGCUGCUGUGCAAAAGGAGCUCGAGACCCUUUUGAGGAAUGCUAGGGGUCUUUCUGUCUGCUUGCCGAUUCAGCAGAAGACUCGGGAGUCUCUCAUUAUGGCUGCUGGUCGGAUGUCGGCUAAACUCAAGUGGACCAGAGUCGAGCUGUGGCGGAACAAGACGCAUCGUGAUGUGCUUGCUCUGGAUCUUGACCAGGAGGCACAGGCCGACUUUCCGGCUCCCCACGGCACGCCACAAAAGCUUACGCCUGUGAAGUCGACUGCUCAGAGUCUGGCUCGCACGGAUACUGAAACCAGCAAGCAAACUUUGUCACCCACCACUUCAUCGAAGCCGGGCCAAAGUCGGAGGGCUUCCCAGGCUCUACUUGAAACAGGCAUAGAUACUGUCGUGGAGAACGCUCCUUCAGUUACGAGUAGUCCAAAGACACUCCAAGAGCCAUUUGCGCCUACGAAACGCGAUUCGAGACCAGACAUGGUUCAACAGUCAAGCACGAUUUCCCAACGUCUUCUACAUGAGCACGAGUCUGCACAUAUCGAAGCUGGGGAGGAGCAGGUCCUUCGUGAGGCAGGUCUGCUCGGUGUGGAUGGCAACGUGACCAAAGAGAAACGUCCAGACACUAGCGAGUCUGAGCGUGACCGCGUGGGUGCCAUAUCCCCAUCGUCUGACCACUUCUUGCGCGACCGAGGCAGUAGUGUCCGUCGAAGCCUGCAUCGCAGUCUUCGUGACCAUCAUCACGUGCACGCAUCUCCCAGCUCGAGCCGUCACAAGAAGAAUCGUGAAUCUGGAUCGAGCGCUGUGACCGAAGGUGACAUCAAGAGCACCCAUUCUGGUGAGAGUGAGGAGCUACGUCGUGGCACUGGCAGUUUCAUCCUCCAUGGCAAGAAAGCCAGUGUCAUCACCAUGGGCGAGGAAUGGCGGAACAUGUCAGCUGAAGAGCGGAUGAAGAUGCGACAGCAGAACAAGAAGGAUGAUAACGACGCUGUUGAUGACGGGACGGCUAGCAUUGCCAGCAGGCCGAGCAGUCGUGCAGAGUCCGAAAGUGUUGAGGCCAACAGUGUGCGAGAGGUAGAUCCGCGCAAAUUGAGUGUCAUCACGCAGGAUCAUGAAGACUUCGUGGAUGCAAAGACCAGUCUCGAGGGCUCCGUCAGCCGGGCUAGUCACGUUGAUAGGGGGAGUCUGUUUGUUGAUGCCAAAGACUUCAGAAGCAGCAUGGACAGUCGAAGCGUCCAAGAGGAGAGCGAUGAAGACGAGAGUAACAGUGAGGAUGAAGACGACACAACGAGUAAAGGGAAAGCCAAGGCAGAGGACGAUACGGUGCGCCUCACCAACAGCCUCGGCGAGAGCUCAAGUGCUCCUGGUCCGGCAGUGACCAAUGGGAGUUCGUGA